AGCUGAUCGUUGCCAUCGCGAAUCCAGGAUCAUCUCCGGCCACUUUGCGCGUAACUGCAACUCUCUCCCUAUCUCCACCACCUUCGUCGCGACGCGCAAUAUGACCGAAGAAGAGCAUCCCUUCAUCGCGGGGCGUCCGCCCGUCAUGGACCACCUCACAUACCUUACCCUGGUAGAGCAUAACCUGACACCAGAGCUGCUCCCCACGUUACACACGGUUCUUCAGGAUCCCGAGCUUACCACCAACAUUGGCUGGGAUCUGGUCCAUCUACUGCUUCCGCUGUUACCGGCUUCCGAGCAAUGCCUGCAGGACAUCGCAAGGCUGGGCAACCCGCGGGAAGUGGUUCUCAAAGUCACGGAAUCUUUGAGGCUUCUUGACUUUGAGAGCAUCGACCAAGAUGAAGAGGAAGAGACCCACCCGCUUGCUGGCGACAGCGCCAUCGUGUCAGAUGACGAGUCUGUGAAGAGCAAGGCACAAGAUUCCGUGACCAGCAAAGCCGAUGAUAAAGAUCCGAAGACACCUCUUCCGAUCUUACAAUUUGAAGCGCUUCUUUCUAUGCUUGCUGUGUUACAUCCGCGCAUCAGAACAAAGUACCCAAGUCGGUUUCUGUCAACUUCUCUCCAGGCUGUCUUAAGCAGCUAUAGCGAGGCUGGGCCAUAUGCAACCAACCUUACACCGGCAGUGACAAAGUUAGUGAAGACAUUGUCAGGCACGAAACGACCGCAUUUGCCGCCAAGAACGAGCAGCUUUUCUUUUGCCAAAGCUACUUUGCCUGAGAUUGCGGCAGAUCCGGAAGCGUCCAAGGAACCGACAUCGCAGGGGGAUGAUGAGUUACAGAACAAGCUCCUGCAGUCCUUCCUCACUCAUAUCUUGGAAGAUUAUAUGCUUUCUCUUUCCUCGCCCGAGGAUGUUCCCGCGCUUGCCUGGACGGCUCGUGUACAUGAAAAACUCCAUCCGGAGAGGAAAAUUCCCAACAAAAUGACGUAUGCGGAGCGCUUCAACGAGGACGAACCUUUGGUGGAAAGGUCAGGCAUUGUGGGACAGCUUGCCGCUCUUGCCCGUGAUCUUGAUAUACCGUCUGAAGAUCUAUAUGCAGCAAUCACUGACACGAAGCCGGAACCUAAUGGGUUGCCAUCGGAAGAAGACGAGCCUCCAUCAACGGCAGACGACAUUCCGCUGUCCAAGACAGGGUCUCUCUUCUUGUUCACUGCUCGUAAGAUAAGCGAGGUUCUCUACAAUUUGCCUCUGGAUGCUCAGGACCUUUAUAUCUUUCCUGAGCAUGCGACUAUCAUGGAGAAUUUCCUUAGCAUGACGCCGGGGAACAUUGGCACAGAGCCUGAGGCACUGAUUGACACUCUUCUCACAUUGGGCAUCCUUGCCAUUGAGAAGAACAUGGUCGGUGAACCCGCAGAUGAUGAAUACUUUGCCAAGUAUUUGCAGACUACAUCGCUGCUCUCAGCCAACAGUCCUUCUCCCACUCUCCGCUAUCACGCACACUAUCUUACUUCCACGGUCCUCCGCUCUCAUCCCUCCGACAUUGUCCGCCUUUCAUUCAUCCGCGACACCCUUGAGCAUUGCCCUUACGAGAAUCUCAAGGCCAGUGCCGUGGGUUGGUUAAAGGGCGAAACCGUCGAAGCCAAUAUGAAGCUUCUCUCCGCUGCCCAACCAGCACCUGCACCAUCUAUUUUCAGCACACCCGUUGCGCUGGCUACAGUGUCCCCGUUCCUCUUCCCGGACUUGUCUUACGACCUCACUGCGCCUUCGCUCCUUGAGUCGUGGUCCAAGUUCAAAAUGGAACUGAGCUUUUACCUGGCCACGCUCAAUUUCUAUUAUUUGUUGCUCUCGGCGAAGCCGCUGCACAAGGCUUUGGAUGUCCAUGGACUGCACGCGAAUAACGAUAUUGGUGGUAGCUACCUGCAUCCGCUGAGGCAAGUGGCUACGACGUUCAGGAAAGGCAUGGCGGCCGGUGGUGAGCUAAGGAUUGAGGAGGGUGAGCAGGGAGUUCAAGCGGGCGAGGGCGAUUUGCGGAUCUUGGAGGAUGCCUUGGAUAGGGUCGAGAAGGGCGUUGUGCAACUCAAUGUUGAGUAAGGAUUCACAAGUAUGGGAGGCGAUAACA